UAAAAAAAAAGUUUUCCAUGGGAAAACAUGUCAAUUUCACUGUAAAAUGCAUUGCUUAAAACCAAAACCCCCAAAAAUUAGCAAAAUUGUGAUUUUCUUUAAUCUAUUUUCUUUUCAAUUUUAAAUUCAAAUUUAAGGUGUCUUUAUAAAGUACAUUUUGUUGUGAAAAAACAAACAUAUGGGUCUGUGGAUGGAAAAAUAAAAGAAUUAUGGCUCUUGAAAGGCGUAAACUAAAAAAUGUGUAAACUAAAAUUUGUUGUGUCCUCAAGGCCAAAAUUUGCUGUGUCUCUAAAGGGGUAUUCCAGAAAUUAUUUUUUAUUUGACAUUUGACUAUGCUACAGAGGCUGUAAAGUUAGUGUAGUUAAUAAUGUAGUGUCUGUACCCGUAUGUGACAGAUUUCUCACAAUUCUUAUGUGAUUUUCACCCCAAUAUUUACUUUUAACAUCAUACAAAAUUACUGUUGUCUCAGAUUUUUCCCAGGUUGCAAUGCGGCCGAGACCUGACUCACUAGUCAGCUGAUGACAGGGAGCCUGUCUGCUUCAAUGGGUGGAGCGAUCGCUUGGUGGGAGAGAGAUCAAUCUGCAACUAUUGCAACAACUGUAGGCACCCUGAUUGAAAACCACAGGUCUUUUGAAUGAAUGCUGCUCAUUUAUGGGAGUGUGACUGAUGUAUGGGAGGGAGGAAAAUGGAAUUAUGGGCUUUGUAGGCAAAGAAGUAAACUCAAAAAGGAAAUACUAGUUCACAAAAAGCUAGCCACAGCGUUAUGGUAAUCUCACGCCAUUUAGCCCCAAGACAAGCGCAGAUCCUUCCUAAGCAUGUCCAUUAAUGUCUGCCAGCCAAUGCAGAUCUGGAGGUGUCUGCAGUAUAAGACAUAUUCUAACAGCAGAAAAGUAACUGCAGCUCUGGAAGUGACAGGAGGAUAAGACAUGUUGUGACAGCAGAAUAGUGACAGCAGCUCUUAAGGUGACUGGAGGAUAAGUCAAAAUGUAACAGCAGAAUACUGACUGCAACUCUGGAGAUGACUGGAGUAUAACACAUGGUGUGAGAGCAGAAUAGUGGCUGCAGCUCUAGAGGUGAAAGGAGCUUAAGACAUGAUGUAACAGCAGAAUAGUGGUUGCAGCACUGGAGGCAACUUGAGGAUGCGACAAGAUGUAAUAGUAGAAAAGUAAGUACAGCUUUGGCAGUAACAGGAGGACGAGAUAUGGUGUAACAGCAAAAUAGUGUCUACCAUGCUGUGCCUGUAUUUAUCUGAAUAAAGCUUGAAGUUUUUUUUACCUGCUACCGUGGUGCCGGAUACUUCUAUUGCUGUCCAUGUCUGUGGAGGGGAACGCUACCCGACAGUCCAGGCACAGGAGCGGAGGAAAGGAUCAGAGCAGUGAAGCACAUUUUAUUAACAGCAAAAAAGUGGGCCUGGCAUCAGUCCCCGGCCGAAACAACUACGUGGCCAUCAAGGGAAUCACCAAGACAGGGGACAAUGCAGCGACCCUGCAGAGAGAGAGACGGAUCCUCAUGCUGGCCCGAGACUGCCCGUUCCUGUGUCACCUGUAUGCUGCACAGCAGUCUCAGGACCAUGCAUUCUUCAUCACCGAGUACCUGUCCGGCGGCAGCCUGGAGGCUUUACUCAGAAUGUGCAGCUGUCUGAACACCGACAACGUAAGAUUCUACACAGCAGAGAUUGCAUGCGGCCUCCAGUUCCUUCACGGACAUAACAUCGUCCACCGAGAUAUCAAGCCAGAUAAUAUCAUGCUGGAUAGAGAUGGACACAUCCGCAUUAUAGACCUCGGACUUGCCCAAGAUGGCGUCACCUCUUCCAACAAGAUCCAAGGAGUGACGGGCACGUUACCAUACAUGGCCCCAGAGGUGCUCCAGAGGAAGAUGUACUAUGCAGCAGUUGACUGGUGGAGCCUGGGGAUUGUUGUAUCCCGGAUGUCAGCAGGACGUUCCCCAUUUUACUUUGGCUGCAACAGAGAAAUGGCUCACGAUUCCAUCACCAGAGAGAAGCCUAAUAUUCCAUCUUGGCUCCCUGCUGACCUGAAACAUCUGAUCAAGAAACUGCUGCGUAAGAAUCCUGAGAAGCGGCUUGGUGUGAACAGGAACAUCAGAGACCAUCCAUUCUUCACCACCAUCAACUGGGAGGAACUGGAGCAGAAGAGAGCACAGCCGCCAUUUACACCAUUCAAGCCAGCUCUGAAGAAGGGAGACCUGCCGUGGCCAGAGGAAGAGACAGCCCUUCACCCCUUGGAAGGAUUCUCUUUCAUUGCUCCAAGCUGGGCCUGUUAACAUCAGCCCAUGGCCACGGCCCAGAGCUCUGUGCCCCCUGACCCAUGCCUCUGCUGCUGUAUUAGACCUCGGCUUGUCUAUAACAUCCUCUCUAUACCAUCUGAAUGCUGCAGAUUUCCAUCAAGUUGUUACCCUGGAUCUUAGCUCCACAUCCUCCACAGCCUCUGAAGACCCUCUGUACCCCAGGAGCGGCCUGUGCUUGUAACACCUCAGCACAGACCUGGUAAGUAUCACACAUCAUCAUAUAUACAUAAGGAUCACACACACAUACAGGUAGAUAGAAAUAUACACACAGGUACAUACAUAGAUAGUAUAGACACAUACACACAGACACACACAACAGAUAGCGGUAGAUAUCGGCUUUGAUCCUGGGACUUGUUCCGAUCGCCAUAUUUGGGGUCAGGAAGGAAUUUUUCUCCUUUGAGGACAAUUGGCUCAUUCUUUAAGGGGGUUUUUGCCUUCCUUGGGAUCAUUCCAGCCAUAAAUAGGUAACAUAACAUAAUGUACAAAAAAUAAAUGAAUAAUAAUAAUAAUAAAAAAAAUAUUAUAUAUGAAUAUAUAUAAAAAAAAAAUACAUAAUAGUUUACCAUACUAGAUAGGUCAUGUACUGGCUUUUGAUCCUGGGACUUGUUCCGAUUGCCAUAUUUGGGGUCAGGAAGGAAUUUUCCCCCCUUACAUAAGGAUAAUUGGCUCUUUCCUCAAGGGGGUUUUCGCCUUCCUUUGGAUCAACACAGUAUAUAAAAAAGCUUUGCUUUUACAUUUAUACAUUACACAUAGCAAAAUAAAACAUAACACACAUUUCUAAAAUUUGCAGAAUCCCAGUAUCCCCUUCAUGUAACUAUAUAAACUAAAUAAAAUGUCCU